AUGAUGUUGAUACAAACUUCCCUUCCUAGUUCCAUUGAAGCUGCUCAUUCUUUUGUACCUAACUAUGGGACAAAAGAGUUUUCUUGCGAUUGGAUGCCUGGUGCUGAAACUUGGGAGAAGUGUCCAAAAUGUGAUAAGCAUCCUCAGGGUGACCGGGGGCAAGCUGUACCAGUUGUGGAGGGAGAAAAAAGUGAUAUAGAUUCUAUACCAGAGAAGGAAGCUCCAAAGAAUACUGUUGCUGUUUGCCAAGCCCUGUCAUCAGCUAACACGAGGCAAAGCGAUGGUCAUGUUUCUGCUAUCAGUUUGGAUGCUCCUUCAGUGGCUGUCAAGGAACGUCUAGUUGAGGUUGAAACAGAAGCUGUUAGAUCAUCUGCUUUUCUUUCCUCUGAACGCAAGAGCAGGGCCCUUGUUUCAAAUUCAGAAUCCUUUAAUGGAUGUACUGCUGUCAAAGAACCUGGUUCUGAAGCAGCCCUAAGAAGUGACAUGCACAAAGAUUUAGACUCUGGAUGUAUGAAUGAUAUUUGUUCAUCAUCAAAGUCAAAUAUAGAUAUCGGUUUAGCUUGCUUGAGGACUGAAGUGGAUGAUGCUGGUGAGUGCUCCUCUUCUGGUGCGUUGAUUACUGAGGGACUAUGGGAUGAUAUGUCGGAGAAGAAGAUAUGCAUCUCAAUUCUUAGAAGUGAGGGUUUGCUUGGAGGAGUUCGAACUAUAAGGACUUGUGCUUCUGCUGGAGGAACAAGUAUCAGUAAUGUCAGCUGCUUUUCAAGGUCAUGCAAAGUCUGUGACAUUUCUGAAUCGACACUGAAGAUGCUUAUCUGUGAUAAUUGUGAUGAAGCAUUUCAUGUGUCUUGCUGUUACCCUCGUAUAUCCAAGAUACCGGUUGAUGAAUGGUUCUGUCACUCUUGUUUGAAAAAGAAGCAUAAAAUAUUAAAGGAGAAAACCAGUAAAUCACUUAUUAUCAGCAAUGAAAUGGGAAGAUGUAGGAAUGCAACAUCUAAGGGUGAAUUGGGUCCUAUAGCAUUCAUGGUAAGAGACACUCUACCGUAUGCCACCAGUGUUCGAAUUGGUGACGAACAUCAAGCAGAGGUUCCUGACUGGUCUGGUCCAAUUUUUCAUGAGAUCGAUCCUCCUAGUGAACCAUUGGAAAUGAAACCGUCAGAGUGUGUUCUCUUGCAUGAGUUGAGUUCCAACAAGCCUUCCAGACUCAGCUCUAUUGGUAACUGGCUUCAAUGCCGAGAGGUUAUAGAAGGUGUUGAUGGAACUGUCUGUGGAAAGUGGCGCAGGGCUCCCCUUUUUGAAGUUCAAACUGAUGACUGGGAGUGUUUCCGCUCUGUGCUCUGGGAUCCAGCUCACGCUGAUUGUGCUGUACCCCAGGAGCUGGAUACUGGUGAAGUUCUAAAGCAGUUGAAGUAUAUAGAGAUGUUGAGGCCACGGCUGGCUGCUAAAAGGCGCAAAUUAGAUCACACAAAGACAGUUGGUUCACAAGUUCUUACAGAGGAUGUCACAAGUAUACACAAUCAGUAG